CAGAAGGUGGCAGCCGGGCAGCAAGGACCAGCCUGGUCCUGGUCCCACGGUGCCACGGCUCCGUCCCUGCCGAGCGUGCCAUGCGGUGCCACGGGGACCAGGGAGAGCUCGGCCCUGCUGCCUGCCCCGGCCACCCCUGAGCCCACCGCGGCGGGGAGACGGAGGUGUUGGUGGCCCCGGAGGGACAGCAGCCGGCGUGCCAUGCCCGAGCGCCUCGCCCAAGGAGCGCCGGUGCCAAGCUGUGCCCGCGCAGCUCUCCGGAGAGGGUUGAGCUGCUGCUGCCCAGUGAGUCUGGCAGCGAAGAGAGGAGUCCAGGAUCCCCUCCCCGGGCUGGCAUCACCGGGGCGCUGAGCGGUGCCGUGAUGUACGGGCGCUACACGCAGGACCUGGGCACCUUCGCCAAGGACGAGGCGGCCCGGCUGCGGCUGCAGCAGGAGCACGGGGACGAUGGCACCCCGCAGCCACGCCGCCCCUCCGAGCUGCUGGAGUACAGCCAGGGCCGCUGCGCCCCCCGCUGCGGCUGCGCCGUGCGGUGCCAGCGGUUCUUCAUCGCCAGGGUGGGUGAGGACUGGGUCUUCCUCAUCCUCCUGGGGCUGGUCAUGGCGCUGGUGAGCUGGGCCAUGGACUUCGCCAUCGCCACCUGCCUCCAAGCCCAGAAGUGGAUGUACGGGGGCCUGGACACCAACGUGCUGCUGCAGUACCUGGCCUGGGUCACCUACCCCACCGUGCUCAUCACCUUCUCGGCUGGCUUCACCCAGAUCCUCGCCCCCCAGGCUGUGGGCUCGGGGAUCCCCGAGAUGAAGACCAUCCUGCGGGGGGUCGUGCUGAAGGAGUACCUCACCCUGAAGACCUUCGUGGCCAAGGUGAUCGGGCUGACGUGCGCCCUGGGCAGCGGCAUGCCCCUGGGCAAGGAGGGUCCCUUCGUCCACAUCGCCAGCAUGUGCGCAGCCCUGCUCAGCCGCUUCCUCUCCUUCUUCGGGGGCAUCUAUGAGAACGAGGCGAGGAACACCGAAAUGCUGGCGGCCGCCUGCGCCGUCGGUGUCGGCUGCUGCUUCGCCGCCCCCAUCGGAGGCGUCCUGUUCAGCAUCGAGGUCACCUCCACUUUCUUCGCCGUCCGCAACUACUGGCGCGGGUUCUUCGCCGCCACCUUCAGCGCCUUCAUCUUCCGCGUCCUGGCUGUCUGGAUCAAGGACGAAGAGACCAUCACAGCGCUCUUCAAAACCCGAUUCCGCCUCGACUUCCCCUUCGACCUGCAGGAGCUGCCUGCCUUCGCCGUCAUCGGGAUCGCCAGCGGCUUUGGGGGCGCGCUCUUCGUCUACCUCAACCGCAAGAUCGUGCAGUUCAUGCGCCGCCAGAAGACCAUCAACCGCUUCCUGAUGAAGAAGCGCCUGCUGUUCCCCGCGCUGGUGACGCUGCUCAUUUCCACGCUGACCUUCCCGCCCGGCUUCGGGCAGUUCAUGGCCGGACAGCUCACCCAGAAGGACACCCUGGUGACGCUGUUCGACAACCAGACGUGGUCCAAGCAGGAGCCCAGCGAUGAGUUCGAGUACAUCGGCAUCCUGGAGGCCUGGCGCCAUCCCCGCUCCAACGUCUUCGUCACCCUCGUCGUCUUCAUCCUCAUGAAGUUCUGGAUGUCAGCCCUGGCCACCACCAUCCCGGUGCCCUGCGGAGCCUUCAUGCCCGUCUUUGUCAUCGGGGCAGCCUUCGGGCGGCUGGUGGGGGAGAGCAUGGCAGCCUGGUUCCCCGACGGCAUCCACGCCGACAGCAACACCUACCGCAUCGUGCCGGGGGGCUACGCCGUGGUGGGGGCGGCCGCGCUGUCGGGCGCCGUCACCCACACGGUGUCCACGGCCGUCAUCGUCUUCGAGCUGACGGGACAGAUCUCGCACAUCCUGCCCGUCAUGAUCGCCGUCAUCCUGGCCAACGCCGUGGCCCAGAGCCUCCAGCCCUCGCUCUACGACAGCAUCAUCCGCAUCAAGAAGCUGCCCUACCUCCCCGAGCUGGGCUGGGGGCACCAUGAGAAAUACAACGUGCGGGUGGAGGACAUCAUGGUGCGGGACGUCCCCUACGUCUCCCUCAACUGCACGUACCGGGACCUGCAGCACGUCCUGCACAGCACCAAGAUGAAGAGCCUGGCGCUGGUGGAUUCGGCUGAGUCCAUGAUCCUGCUGGGCUCCAUCGAGCGGGAGCAGCUGGGGGCCCUGCUGAGCCAGCAGCUCCAUCCCCAGCGCCGGCUCCAGGCCCUGCGGCAGAGGGCGCGGGCAAGCUUCGAGGACGGGCACCGGCUCUCCGAAGCCAGCGUCUGCUUCCAGAUCAACACUGAAGCCUCUUCCUUCACCCCCACGCGUGGUGGCUCCCGCAAGCCCCUGAAGCCAGCACUGAAACGGGUGCCCAGUGUCCCCACCAACAGCCCCCCAGCCGGCACUGCCGACACCUCCGGCAUCGCCCUCAAGAGCCUCUUCUGUGCCAACACUGCCGCAGAGCCCGCCGAGGCGCAGGGCACGGCCCCUCGCAAGGCCAAGCACGUCCGCAUUUCCAUCACGGAGGACGUGGACUGGGGGGACCGGAUGACGCCGGCGGAGAUCCUGGCGUGGGAGGAGCGGCAGCUGGAGCAGCCCGUGGACUUCGGCAGCGCCCAGAUCGACCCCGCGCCCUUCCAGCUGGUGGAGCGCACCUCGCUGCACAAGACCCACACCAUCUUCUCGCUGCUGGGCCUCGACCACGCGUACGUCACCAGCAUCGGGCGCCUGGUGGGCAUGGUGUCCCUCAAGGAGCUCCGCAAGGCCAUCGAGGGCUCGCUGACGGCCAAGGGGGUGAAGGUGGUGCCGCCGCUCGCCAGCUUCCGCCGCAGCAGCACCAGCGCGCCCGAGCCAGACACCACCGACCUGCGCCAGCUCUGGGACCGCCACCAGCAGCACCCCAUGCCCCGCGAGGCCGGCCCCGACGACGGCGACACCGACAAGUGACGGCAAAGCCGGACACCCCACCAACACCGCCGCCACCCCCUGCGUCCCCUGCCCGUGCGCCGGGGGCGGGCGCUGCAGGGUCCCCCCCUAUCCCCCGCGGGUGCCGGGGGAUGCCCGCACCGGGUCCCGGCGUAGGGUGGGCGCCCUCGACCCGGCGCCAGGGGUGGCCAGGUGCCCCCCCGGCCUGCCCGCGCCCCCCGGCCACCUUCCCUCCCAGCUCCUGGGGCUCCCCACAUCGCUACCUCCACCCCCCCCUCAGCCCCCAGCCCCGGUGUCCCCACGGGCACAGCCACAGCCUCGCCGCGUCACCCCCGUGUAAAUACAGAGAUUUUUAUAUUAAUUUAAUAAAAGGACUUUAUAAACAGA